UACAGCGUCUGCGGUCUGCAGGUCCCUACAGCUCUGAAAAGAUGAGAGGAAUGGGCCCGGCGCUGCGCUUGUCUCUGCUCGGCCUCCUGCUGUGCCUGCAGCUCGGCCGGGCCGCGGCCCGGAGCCCCCGCACGGUGGACCAGGUGUCCGAGGCCGACAUCCAGCGCCUCCUGCACGGCGUCAUGGAGCAGCUGGGCAUCGCCCGGCCCCGCGUGGAGUAUCCCGCCCAUCAGGCCACCAACAUCGUGGGGCCGCAGAGCAUCCAGGGUGGGGCUCACGAGGGCCUGCAGCACCUGGGUCCUUAUGGGAACAUCCCUAACAUUGUGGCUGAGCUGACAGGAGACAAUGUCCCCAAAGACUUCAGUGACGACCACGGGUACCCAGACCCCCCAAACCCCUGUCCUCUGGGAAAGACGGCAGCAGAUGGGUGUUUGGAAAAUGCUCCCGACACAGCUGAGUUCAGCAGAGAGUUUCAAAAACACCAGCAUCUGUUCGACCCAGAGCACGACUACCCGGCCCUGGCAAAGUGGAACAAAGAGCGUUUGUACCAAAAACUGAAGGGAGGACCAAAGAGAAGAAAAAGGAGCGUCAACCCGUACUUGAUGGGCCAGCGGCUGGACAACGUGGUUGCCAAGAAAUCCGUUCCCCACUUCUCUGAGGAGGACGAGGAGGAAGCACCGACCAUCCCCGCCGUCAGCACAUCUACAGCCUGAACUCCAGCAGCACACAUGGAAAUAUCAAAACCACACGCUCGGAAGAAAGUUUCUAACACGUGAACUAUCAGUGGGACUGCGACCUCAGCACCAAAUCUUGCAUGUUUUACUGUUUUGCAGCACACUGGUAGCCCAGAUCUCAGUCAUCAAUUAGACACAACUUGCUGUGUUUGCUCUUGCUGUCUUUUUAUUAUUCAUGUAUAAUUUUAGAAUUAAAAGAAUAAUUAGACCCCCAAGUGUCAAAUUUAAAUUAAGGGCAUGAAACUUGACUGAAGAUAUGUUACUUAUUGUUUCUUAAAAUCCAAAAUUCAGAAUUGCCUAGUUUACCCCCUUUUACAGGGGUCAACAAAGUAAGUCAUUACGAGUUUGCGAAGUGGAAUUGGUUGGUUUUUAUGACGGCUGAACUUCAUUCCACAACCAGGACUCGAACUUGGCUCCCUCAAGUCAAGACUUAACACGAUGCCAUCAAUACAUUACAUUUUUAAUUGAGAUGUGACUGUUAUGCUGUAGGUGUUGAUGGAGAAAAUAAGAUCCAGCCUUCUUUAAGAGGAAAAAGUGAUUUCUUCAUUAUUUUUUCCAAUUUAAAUUAAAAUACAGUCAAACUGCCUGAGAUUCAACACUGGAAAACAUGGUGUUAAAUACGUGGUCGUGUACAGUAUAUCUAUAAAACUUGUUAUAUUAGAAAGAGGUUGUAUAAAGAUGAGACCAGAGAGAAUAUUAAAGUUAUGAUUCACGACUGUACAGAGAGUUGUUUACUCGCACACCUUUUAAUUUCGUAUUUUGCAAUAUACAAAUCACAUGUGUCUUGAAGCAAACGAUUGACUUUAACCAUGUUUCACACAGCUGUUGCGAAUAAUAACUGCCAUUCUACUUGAGGGUAGCCUGGCAGAUGUGGUGCAGCUUUUUGUCACUAGUAUCUUGACUUUUAGGCGCUGCAGUAAUCAUGAGUGUGCUCAGGACGCAGCGCUUAUCUCGACUCUCAUCAUCCUGUCAGCAAUGUUUGUGUUCUGUUUUUGUUCUGUAAAGUAAAAAUAAACGAUUUAUCUGCAUUGA